GAAGAACCCAGAACCUUCCCCCCCAACUCCCCCAACACAAUCUCCUUUUUAAGUCCGGUUUUAACCUCCUCUCCCUGCCAUCCCCCGUUACCCCGGCGGGAGAGAGAGGAAGUACCAGAAAAAUAACCUCCUUUCAACUGUUUAAAUGCCUUUUCAUUUAGCACUGUUUUUACUCACCUUUUUAUGGCUUUUAACAUCACCACUAUAAAUGUGAGAAGUAUAAAAACAGAAAUAAGAGCACAGUCGGUUUUAUCCUUUUUAGAAAGGUUUAAUUCAGAUGUGUUUUUAUUACAGGAGUGUGGUCUACCCUUUUUAUCCUCUUAUAGGAAAUGGGAGGACAAGUGGCAGCAUGGGCCCUCCAUUUGGAGUGGCUCAAAUUUUAAUAAAAAUGACGGUGUUGCCAUUUUAAUCAAGACCCCACAUGUGGUGGUGAGGGGGAGCACGGUGGUGGUAGGUGGGCGCGCUCUUUUAGCCAAUUGUACUUUUAUGGGGAGGGAUUUUAACAUGCUAAAUGUGUAUGGUUUUAACGAUAAACAUGACCGGUGCGCACUUUUAGAAGACUUGCAGUCCCACAUGCUAGGGAGGGAUCCUCUAGUGGUGGGUGGGGAUUUUAAUUGUGUUUUAAAUAGAGCAGACAGGAGAGGGGCGGGAGAGGAUUUUAAGGUAGAUAGGUCAAGUGUUUUAUUGCAAGGGCUGUGCAGGGAUUUUAAACUGACUGAUUGUUUUAAAACCCUGCAUCCAAGAGAGGAGGGCUUCACCUGGACCAGUGGUGACGGCACCAGAGCCUCUCGCAUUGACUAUCUGUUUACCCGGGACUGCCCCCCAACUGAUGCUAGAAUAACCCCUGCCUUUUUCUCAGAUCACGUAAUGCUGACGUGCACCCUUUCACUAACUUCGGGUGUGACUGUGGGAAGAGGGCCCUGGAAAUUGAACUGUUCCCUUUUAGAAGAUGAUAGAGUAGUUAGCCAGUACAGGGAGCAGUUCAGCCAGUGGCAGACGCUACAGGACUUCUUUGACACACGAGCACAAUGGUGGGAAAUGGUGAAGGGUAGGACGAGGACUUUCUUUAGAGAGAUAGGAAAGAAGAAAAGCAAAGAAAAAGAUAGACGCAUGGUGGGACUGCAAAAGCGACUGGAAAGAUAUUUUAACCUUGGCCAACAGGGCCUUGAUUUUAACUAUGAAAUUAAAGAAGUAAAAAGGAAAUGGCACUUUUAGCUGAACAGAAAAGUA